AUGCAAUAAUAUCUCCAAAUUAUUGGACACGGUUAUUUCAAUCUGGAUGCUCUCCUUCACCAUCACCUGCACAUAUGCAUAUGGCCAUGGCCAUACGCUCAUGCUCAAACCAUUCACCACCAUUCCCAAAUAUGCCAUUCUCCUCAUACUCUACUAAACCACAUCUCUGCAUUUCAAGUUAUGCCACUCUCCCUCUACAUGCUCAAUCUUCAUCACAUUACAGCUGCAGCGCGCUUCAACAAGAUACACUCGUAGUGACCGGUGGCGGAAUUCCGCCGCUCGCCGGAGCUGCGACGCCUUCGCCCCGUAGGAUAUUGGAGAGAGAAAGUGGAUGCGACGAAGCUACAAUCAGAAGGAAAAGAAGGAGGAGAAGAAAAAGAAGAAAUACAUUGGAACGCAUAUAUAAUGACGACGAUGAGGAGGAAGAGGAGGAUGAGAUUGUGUUUUCGAACAAGAAGGCGGGAAAAUCGAGAUUCAUGAGCCCUAAAGAAGAGGCGAGAUUUUCCUGGUACCUCAAGGAAAGAGCGAGAGUUGAAGCAGCGAGAAGAGAAUUAGUAGCAGAAAAGGGGGGAGAUGAAGUUUCCUCAAACGAAUGGGCCAAGGCCGCAGGAAUUAGCCGGCGUAAACUAGACAAGAUCUUGUGGAAUGGGAGAGAAUCGGAGAAGAGAAUCAUUAGCUGCUAUCACGGUCUCGUUGUGUCGAUUGCUUCUUCAUAUCUAGGCAGAGGAUUAAGCUUGCAAGAUCUGGCUCAGCAUCGGCCUUCUUCGAGGGGCGAUCAAAUUCGAUCCAGAAAAGGGCUACAAGCUAUCAACAUACGCUUACUGGUGGAUCAGGCAAUCCAUCACAAGAGCAGUAGCAAGCAAGUCGAAGAUGGUCAGAUUACCGCUUCUCAUGUACAGGGCAGCAUAAGCGAGCUGAUCCCCAAAAUCUACGAAGCCAGCAACGCGUUAAGCAGAGAGCUAAGAAGGUUUCCUACGCACCAAGAGAUCGCAGAGGCUAUGGAGGUGAACGCCGAAGCUGUAAGGCUUGCUAUCGAGAGAAACAGAGCUCCGAUUUCUCUGGAUGAAGCCAUGACCAGCCAUGGCUACAUGUCGCUGCAGGAUAUAAUAGCGGGGCCAGAAGAGUUGAAUCCAGAAGCGAUGAUGAAGAAGGAGUUGGUGAGAGCGGAGAUGGGGAAGCUUCUAGAGGCGUUGUGCGAGAGAGAGGCACGCAUCUUGAGGCUGCACUACGGGUUGGGCGGGGAGUCGGUGUGGUCGUUUGAGGAGAUAGGGAGAUUAUUGAAGCUGUCGAGGGAGAGAGUGAGGCAGAUCAAUUCUGCUGCGUUGGCCAAGUUGAGACAAGAGGAUCAUCUCAAAUAUUUCAUUUACUAGUACAUACAAAUUCAAGAUUGUAAUUCAUCAUCAUACACUCACUGCCUAUUCAAAAUAUCCUUCUAU